CAUUUGUGUCAUUGUGUAUUUGUGUGCCGUUUUCCAUGGUCGUCUCUAGUCCCAACACCCCCCAACUAAACUAUCUUUCUUUUUAAUUUUUGUUUGUUGGAGUAGGCUUGUAGGAUUGUAGGAUUCUUUGGCUAAUUAUUAUAAUAUUAUAAACUUAUUAAUUAAUUUGUGAAAUUAUGAAGUACUUCUAUGAAGGAAGAAGUAUUUUUUCUUAUCUUUUUCUUUUUCUUUUUCUUUUUCUGAGGGGAAGAACACAUUUCUAGUCAACACACUCUUAAGAAAAACCCAAGAAACCCAAAACUUCUCUCAUUUUUCCCACAUUUUUCUUCAUGUUAUGAAAUCCAAGCUUCAAAACCCUAAAGCUUAAGAUCUAGUUUUGUUAAUGACUUAAUGGAGACUUCUCAAAUGUGAUUCUACCAAAUGGGUAUUAUUCAAAAGUUUUUUAAAGAGAGCAAAUGUGAGAUUUUUUUAUCUGGGUGGUUUUAAAAGAGAGCAAGAUUCAAUUAUUAUUGGAUUUUAAUGUUUUUCAAAAAGGUUUAAACAUGUUCUAACAAAUGGGUAGUAGUCAAAAGUUUCAAAUUAACAGCAAAUGUGUGAGAUUUUUUGUAUCUGGGUAUUUUUCAAAGUGAGCAAGAUUCAUUUUUAGUAAGUUUUUGAUUCUAGUUUUGAACAUGGCUAGACGUUGUGGUUGGGAACUUCCUGCUCAUUCUUUGCAGAUUGUGGCUAUCACUGUGUUCUUCCUGCUAACAAUUGCAUAUUAUGCCUUCUUUGCACCCUUUGUUUCCAAGGAAGUGGUCUUCGAAUAUGUGGCUAUUGGUGGUUAUACUUUUUUGGCCUUGGGUGUAUUGAUACUUUACGCUAGGUGCACAGCGAUUGAUCCAGCUGAUCCUAGUAUCCUUAUUGAACAAGACAAAACAGCUAGAUCACAAUGUGAAGCCAGUUUGCCUGGUAAUGCAUCUUCGAUAGAAGAUCCGUACAAAUCAGCGCUGGAGGUUGGUGAAAGGUCUAAUGCACAACGUUUGACUUUUUGUUCAAAGCUUUGUGGGACAUUUUGCUUUUGCCUUGUACGAGAAGAUUGUCGUGAAGAUGAGGAAGUUGUUCAGCAAUCAUCAGGAGAAGAAGAGGCUUUAUUUUGCACACUUUGUAAUGCUGAGGUCCGUAAGUUCAGCAAGCACUGCAGGAGUUGUGACAAGUGUGUUGAUGGGUUUGAUCAUCAUUGUCGUUGGUUGAAUAAUUGCGUUGGCAGGAAAAAUUAUUUUUCAUUUGUGAGCCUUAUGGCAAUGAGCCUUCUCUGGCUUGUUGCUGAAUGUGGUGUUGGCAUUUGGGUCCUUGUCCGCUGCUUCGUGUUCAAAGUUGCUACUGAACAUCAAAUAACUGAGAGGCUUGGAGAUGGCUUCUCGCGCCCUGUUUUUGCCACAGUGGUGGCCUUUGGCACAGCUGUCUCCUUUCUAGCAAUUGUUCCUCUUGGAGAGCUUUUCUUCUUCCACAUAAUUCUCAUCAGAAAGGGUAUUACUACUUACGAGUAUGUUAUUGCUAUGCGAACUCAAAGUGAACCACCAGGACCAUCAAUUGGUGGAGGAGAUCAGUUAAGUCUACCGUCUUCUCCCACAAGCUCAGCAGUAACAGCCAUAAGUGGACGAAGCUCUGUUGGGAUGGGUUUGCAAAUCAAAGGCUCUUGGUGUACGCCUCCUAGAAUUUUCAUGGACCAACAGGAUGAAAUUGAACAUCUGGAGCCUGGAACUGUGCCAUCUACAGUCGAUCCUGAUGCCAUACAUCCCAGUGAUAGGGGCAAAAAGAUUCCCCAGCGUCCUGUGCGUAUUAGUGCCUGGAAGCUUGCGAAAUUAGAUUCUAAAGAGGCAAUCAAAGCAGCUGCCAAAGCUCGAGCAUCAUCUUCUGUACUACGCCCUGUCAAUUCUCGACCCCACCCCUAUGAUAGUGAUCAGUUAUCCAGCAGCAAUAUAAGUGGGGUAAGCAGUCCUGUCAGCUUGAAAUCUUCAGGGUUUCUGAACCGAAACUCAAGAAUAGGAAUCCCAAAGCUCUCUUCUGCCAAGAGUUCUUAUCCACCAAGCAGGGCUAGCAGGGAGGAUAUUGAGACUGGUACCCGCAGUGUAAGCAACUUGAGUAGUCCUCGUGCAUCACACCUUGCCACUCCUCCAUUGCCCUCAAACAUAGAUCACUUCAACCCGAUGUACCAAUCAUCAGCAAACCAGUCCCCUUUAUCAUCCAGAGCAGUUGAGUAUAGUGAGAAUGCAGCUUCUUCAGGUAGCUUGGCACGACAGCCUGCAAACAAAAAUGAGCUAAAGAUUAGAGAAAGCUUAAAAAAUACUGUUUACUGGGACCCAGAAGCCGGAAGAUUUGUCUCGUCUGCUACUAGAGCUGCAGGUGCUGGUGCUGCCUCCUCAUCAGUUACCCAAAGGACAGAGCUGUCAUAUACUGGUCAAUCCAUUUUCUUUGGCGGGCCUCUAUUGAAUGAGAAUUUGACACGAGGGGCAAGAAAUGCUGGGGCAUCGGGAGCUGGAGGAGGAGUUGCAGGCGAGAGAGGAAGAGGAGGUUAUUUUCAGCAGGGACAGGGGCAGGGGCAAGGGCAGGGACAGGGGCAGGGUCGAUCACAGCGGAGAAUUCAGCUUCCUGUGUUUGUGCCUAAUGAUUCCGAGUCUGGUCAGUUGCCUUCUAGGUUGCCAUAAUACAGCUGAUUUAGUGAUUUUUUUUUUGUCUCUUUUGUGCAGCUUUAGGUUAGUAAGAUGAAUUUUGCAUCUUCUUUGCAAUCCAUGUUAAACAAAUUUGAUCUAUCUAUCCUAUAAUCAUUUUCCUUUUCACAAUUGGAUAUU